AUGGCCUCGCACGACCAUAGCCAGGGGCUGGAUGCCAACGCGGCGCAUGUGAAGACUCGCAGCGUCAGCCCAUCGCCCCAUGCCCAACCUCACUAUCACGACCCAACUUCGGGCCUAGCAUUGGACCCCUCCAUGUCAGCCAACUUCAACACCAACCCACCCUUCAACCCUCCACAAGGAGACUGUCACAUCAGCAACCUCGCGGGUCAGGAUCUAUAUGGAUACUCCGCAGAUUACUCUUUCGAUGCGUCUGCGCCAAAUCAAACAUUGGCCCCUUCCUCCUCCUCCAGCCAGACCUUCCCACCUCUGUUGGACACAACCAAUAUGUCUUUACAGCAGACAUUCGAUCCAAACAUGAUGACUCGAUUCGACCCUGCAUCCUCGGACCUGCAAUCGGGCCAAGGCACAGAGAACUUUUCCAAUUUACUCAAUUCCAACCCGGGCGAGCUGGAUUUCUCCGCCUACCAAAACAAUGGCGCAAACGGCGCAAGCGCAACGGAUUACAACUCAUCGCUCUUCAUUGAUACCCAGAUGCAGCCGGUACAACAGGCGGUCAACUCCACCAUCAGCCCAGCAGAUAUCGUCAGCCCAAUAUCCAAUCCUUCUGCGUCUUCACACCCAUCCACCCACGAUCUACAACAGUCUUCCCCCGGUCCUAUGUCACCCCCAGGAGGAACUCCAGGAACGUUCUAUACUCCUCAGCAUUCGCGACAUGCAUCUCUAGAUCCAGCCACCGCUGCAUAUAUGGGUGCUCAGGCGAACGCCGACUGGCCGUCGGUCAUGACGAAUAACACCGCGUUUCACGGCCAUCGUAGAGCUCCGUCGGAAGUCUCCGAGGUCUCAUCAGCGACACAUUCCCCGUACUUGUCACAAAAUGAAUUCGAUAACAUCGACAGUAACGUAUCUCCGUCGCUUGCGCCACAAAGUGAUCCAGCUUUGUACGACAACGCCUUGGCUAUCGAGCAAUUCACACUGUCUGAGCAGCAUCAACAAGGCUUCAGUCCGGCGCACAGCCCGUACAUCUCGCCUCGUCUCAUGCCUCAGCAAGGCAUUGACAUGAUCCCCAGCAUUCAAUAUACACCUACCGGCAACCAGUUUCCUCCUGCGCCAACCGAGAUGUAUGGCUACCCGAGCGAUGAUUUGAUGGCAGCCCGUUCGGGAGGCGACAUUGGCCAGGCAUCCCAGAUGGCGCCUCCUUCAAUCAACGUAGAGUUUGCGCCUCCGUCUCGAACCCCUAGCUUCGGACCCUCGAAACCAAUGGCCGACUUCGACUCGUUGAGUCCUCCGGCGAUGAGAUCGCGAGGGCGCAGCAAGUCAGAUCCUUUCGCACACCCAGCCUCUCGUCCAAGGUCGCCAGCAGCCUCGGCGUCCAGCUUAGAGCCAAUCCCACCUACCUCUCCACGAUCAUUGUCACCUCAGUCGCGUAGUAAUCCUGGCUCACGUGACGCUUCUCCGGCUCGGUCGAAUCGGCGUCUUUCGACAUCAUCCAUCGAAAGCCGUAACUAUAUUUUGGACUUGGCUGAUCCGGGACGGCCAGGCGCGGCACCGGGCGACUCGAAGCGUGUCCAGAAGCAUCCCGCAACUUUCCAAUGCACUCUGUGUCCUAAAAGAUUCACACGCGCAUACAACUUGCGAUCUCAUCUCCGUACGCAUACCGACGAACGUCCGUUUGUAUGCACAGUUUGUGGCAAGGCUUUUGCCCGUCAGCAUGACCGGAAGCGCCACGAGGGUCUUCAUUCUGGCGAGAAGAAAUUCGUUUGCCGCGGUGACCUGACGUUGGGCGGCCAAUGGGGCUGCGGUCGUCGAUUUGCGCGCGCUGAUGCUCUGGGCCGCCACUUCAGGUCCGAGGCUGGUCGCAUCUGCAUUAAACCUCUCCUCGAUGAAGAAUCACAAGAGCGCGAACGUGUUGCGGCUCAACAACAACAACAGCAGCAGCAGCAGCAGCAGUCCGCCGGUGGUCACCUACAACCUGUUCCCCAGCAGCUCGUCAUGCCAGGUAUUCCCGGCAUGGAUGGUCAAGCCUCGGGCACUUUUGUCUUGCCAGCUGCCCUUCUCGCGCAAUACCCGGCUCUUCAAAAUCUGCAAUGGGACCAGCUUGCUGCUGGAAGUGACGACCCGAGUGACAUUGGUGGUCGAAGUAGUUUUGACGCCAGCUCUGGAGGAGAAUACGGCUUUGAUGAGGAUGAAUCCAGUCUCAGUGGUGUCUCUGGAAUGAGUAGCGGAUAUGCUUCCAAUCAAGCCAAUCUGUAUCCUGAUCAGAUGCUCAACUUGAAUGCAGGAAGUUCCGAAUAUGCCGAUCAAAAAUGGCUUUAG